AAAGCGAAAGGGAUCGAGGAGCCCAAUCUGUUGGCAUUUGGCGCUGAGUUGGGCUUGACAUGUGUUUAGAAGCAGGCUCCGUUACGCUUUUUAUUGUCGUUGACUGGCGAGGGAUGCAUCUCCGCUCCAGAUUGAACGCAGUUUGACCCCGCUUUAACUGCCCAGGCUCAGUGCUAUGACAACUUGGGAGAUGGUCCUUUGGUGAGGCACCAAACCGAGGCGGAGAAGGCUAAAGACGUUGUAUCACUGCUACAGCUCCUCCCACGAUGCCAUCGCACUGAGUCCUGGCAGCAAAAGUAGUGUCAAACUGCCUUCAUUCUACCAUGUAGAUGCACCCGAAGACUCUUGUGGCCCUGGAAAGACACGCAGGUCCUGAGUGACCCAUCAGAAAGGCCCAAUCCAGGACGAUGUGCUUUUGACGAGGGAGCUCGCUGUGCCGGAAGGCUUCAAAAUGAUGAAGAAGAAGAGGAAGCGAGGAGAAGGAGGAAAAGGAGGAGGCCCGCCCGGCGGCUCAUGCACCCGCCCCGCCGCCGCCUCCUCCUCGCCGCUGGAGCCCCGCAGAGCUGCAUGGACGGGCAUGGGGAGGGCGGGCCCGUACUGCGCAUGCGCUGAGGAGGAGCCGCAGCAGCAGCAGCAGCAACGCCGCAAACAGCGCCAACCCCCGCCUCUCCUGGGGCUCCUCGUCGGCCUCGGGCUCCUUCUUCACGCAGGUGAUUGCCAGUUGCAGACACCAUGUCGUAUCCAGAAAUGCACCACAGACUUUGUAUCGUUGACUUCUCACUUAAAUUCUGCCAUUGAUGGCUUUGAUUUGGAGUUCUGCAAAGCCCUGCGUGCCUAUUCCGCCUGCACCACCCGCAAUUCCAAAGUUUGCCGAGGGAACCUGGUCUAUCAUUCUGCUGUGUUGGGGAUCAGUGACCUCAUGAGCCAGAGGAACUGCUCCAAGGAUGGCCCGACAUCCUCGACUAACCCCGAAGUCAUACAUGACCCAUGCAAUUACAGUGGGCGCCAGGGAGCCAGAGAGCAACGCGGAGGGGAGCAGACUCCUCCUACAUACUUUUUCUGUGGCUUAUUUGGAGAUCCCCAUCUACGGACCUUUAAGGAUCACUUUCAGACAUGCAAAGUGGAAGGGGCCUGGCCUCUCAUAGACAACAACUACUUGUCAGUGCAAGUGACGAAUGUUCCUGUGGUUGCAGGAUCCAGUGCUACUGCCACAAAUAAGAUCACCAUUAUCUUCAAAUCUUACCAAGACUGUACAGAUCAAAAAGUGUACCAGGCAGUGACUGACGAUUUGCCAGCAGCUUUUGUGGAUGGCACCACAAGUGGCGGUGAUGGUGACACCAAAAGCCUACGUAUUGUUGAGCGAGUGAGCGGCAAAUAUGUGGAAAUGCAUGCCCGGUACAUUGGGACGACUGUGUUUGUGCGCCAGCUAGGCCGCUACUUAACGCUGGCCAUCCGUAUGCCGAAAGAGCUAGCCAUGGCUUAUGAAGAGAGCCAGGACCUCCAGCUCUGUGUGAAUGGCUGCCCCUCAAGUGAACGCAUUGAUGACAGUGGACACCUCCCUUUGCCGGUCAUGGGGCAGCUCCUUCCUCCUGGUGCUUCGAGUCAGAGUCGGUCUGUCUACACGCUGGAGAGCGCCACAGCAAAGUGCCACGAGAAGAUGCUGCUGAAGGACCUCUAUUUUUACUCUUGCGUCUUUGAUUUGCUCACCACCGGGGAUGCCAAUUUCACAGCCGCUGCUCAUAGUGCCUUGCAGGAUGUCGAGGCGCUGCACCCCAGGAAGGAGAGAUGGCACAUUUUCCCCAACAAUGGGGCUGGGAGCUGGGAGAGGAAGUUGUCUCUUCAUCUUGGACUUGUGUGUUUGAUGCUUGUUGUGUUUUUGUAGGGGUUUUUUCCCUCCAGUUGUGGUUGAGAACAAAGGGUUUAAAAUAUAUAUUGUCAUAAUAUAUUGAGUAAAGAGUAUAUAUGUAUAUACCAUGUAUAUGAAGGGAUGCUUUUUUUCUGUCCUGGGACACCCAGCGAAUUGUAUAUAUUGUGUUACCGGUCUCCCCCCUACCCCCCAAUGUAUGUUGGAUGAAACAUCAUUUUUGAUUGUAAUUUUUUUCUUUCUUUUUUUGCUUUGCAGUUGGUGAAAUGUUUUAUAAUGUCCUUUCAUCAGGACCUGAUAGAAAGCACUUUAUUUUUUAUAUAUUAAAUAUUUAUGUGUACUUAGGUAACAUGUACAGCUUAUAUCUUUGUGUAUAUAAACCAUACCCAGUGCUCCCUCUAAGUAUUUUCUAGCUUAAUCAACAUACUGAUCCUUCCCUUUCCCCUCUCCCAUUCCUUUGGCGAGUUAAGCCUGGCUUUGAAUUUUUGUACAGGUUUGGGAAGAGCCAGCUCUUCCACUUGGAGCAGCAGUGAGCAACAGUUAGUCCUCCAGAUCUUAUUGAACUACAGUUCCCAUUGGCUGUGCUGCCUGGGCAUGCUUGAUGGGAAUUGUAGUCCAUAUCUAACUGGAGGGCUGCAAGUUUCCAACCUUUGCCUGGACAUUGGGCCAGUAGUCUUUGUUUCGUGGAAACAAAGAUCUUCCUUUAUUGUUGGUUCUCAUGUUCACAGCAGUCAGAACUGCAUCUUGGUCCCCCCGUCUCCCCCCCCCCCCUUGAUGCAGAUAAUCUUUGCUUCCUUUUCUUAAGGACUACUUUUAUGUGAUUGUUUUGUACUUGGGUUAUAACGCACAAGCACAAAACGACACACCUUGUAUUGAUUUGUAUGAAGGGCACAUGUACAGAACAUGAGUCUUUCCCUUCACUUCCAAGUGUAUGUGAGCAGGGCCCAAAGCUUUGGGGGUGAUUUGGAUACAAGUCUCUUUAGUAUAUAUUGGUAGAUGGAUGUCUUCAAGUUGUUUGUAUUAAAUGUGUAGCCUAUUAUAGUAGUAGGCCUUACCUGGUUCAUUUCUCUCUUUGUCCCCAUCUCCAGUCUAGAAAUCUGUCCAUCCAAGCUGCAGGUAUGUUUUUUUCCAAGUAGCCCCAAAAUAUUCUGGUUUUUAGCAUCCUGAGUUGUCAAAAAAUAAUAAUAGAGGCAGAAAAUCCACAUGUUAACCUAUCCUUUUUCUAAAGAAGGCUGGCAUAGUUUGGUCCACAUGGUAAAUUCGGUUUCAAACAAGUUUCUCAUUUGCGACAUCUUCCACAGAGUAGCCAUGUUAGUCUGUUAGACCUCACUCAACCCUAGAAUCGUGCAAUGCCUUUUUAAAGACCAGCAAUGCUAGCUAAAGUGUGUCUGUUGUAACGAGACACUCUUGCAUGAGUAGGAAGUUGGACUAGAUUCAGUUUAGGGUUACGUUGCAAUCUAUGAUUCUAUAAGCCCCAUUAAGAAACUCAACUUCACCUUGCAAAAAUGAAUGCCACUAGCCUGUUUUUCUUUCUUUUUAUAUAAAGUGGCAGGUUGUAGGUCUGCUUUGUAUUUUGUUGCAAAGAAACUAUCUUCCAAGUUGCGUGGAAGAUGUGGAGAUUCAAGAUCCAGAAAAGAUGACUUUUUUAGAGUUGAGGUGCCAACCGCCUCAAUUCAAAAAGAAUAUAUAGAGAGAUAGCAGUAAUUAAGGCUCAGAUAUGGAAAUCUGUGGUCUGCCCAGUUGUUAAGACUCCAGUUCCCACCGGUUCAUGUAUGAAUAUGUUAUCCAGUGGUGUCUAAAGGACCCUACGUUUCACCUCUUUCUGCUACUUCUAAUGAGAAAAGAAAGGCAUCAUGUCAUGAAUAUGUUCUGUUGCUUUGUACUGAAUCAUGUUAUUAGUUCAUUACCCUAGGCCCAAGCAACUUAUGGCCCUCAAGAUGUUGGACUACAACAGUGGUUCUCAACCUGUGGGUCCCCAGGUGUUUUGGCCUACAACUCCCAGGAAUCUCAGCCAGUUUACCAGCUGUUAGGAUUUCUGGGAGUUGAAGGCCAAAACAUCUGAGGACCCACAGGUUGAGAAACACUGGACUACAGCUUCCAUUAGGCUCAGGCUAUGUUGUCAGUGGGGAUACUGCAAAAUGAAGUUCACAAACAUCUGGAGGAGGAUAGGUUUACUUCCCUUCUCUCGGGCCAAGAACACUGAGCUAUUUCAUGGGAAAGACUUCAUCCAGUCUUGUUACAAAGCGUAGAUUUCUGUCUCUUUUGCCAAUGCUUCUUGGGAUUUGAGCUUUCUGUCCCCCGUGCAUGUUGUGCCACACUUUUGAUCUGCAGUAGAGCCUGCUUGGGACUCAUUUUGAGCUAUGCCUAGAUGCUAAUUGGGAUUGAAUUGAGAGUUGAUGACAUACAGUGGUUAAAACUAUGUGCUGAGGAAUAAUUGGUGAUGUUGCAAUUAGGCUCCUUCACCUCCAUAAGACCCAGUGAUAUCAGCCUCUCUUUGGUGGCUCUGUGAAGUUAAACCCAAGCAAAGGUUGUAUUUUUAUGGUUCAUCUGACAGUACUUUGAUUUAAUGAUAGAAUCAAAGAAAUAUAGGCAGCCUUCCACAUUUGCAGUUUAGACUUUUGCAGAUUUGAUUUCAAAUGUUCUCUCUAGGAAUCUCUUAAUCCUCCAGUGUGACCCUAUGGGCAAAUUCCCCUAUCAUGCUGGAUGACUUAGAGAUUUAUAGGGAGACUGCUUUUCCCAGUGCAGUUCUGUGUUCAGCUUCCUGUGGAUAUUAACAAUACAGUUGUGCUGAACCUAGAGAUUCCUAGUGGAUGUUCUCUCUCUCUUUUUUUUUUAAAGGGCAAUUUAUUUAUUCAUGUUUUUUCACUUUCACAGAGUUUUGGGAUCCUUAUCUCAGCAAAUGUGGAGGGCUGACUGUGCAUCAUUUUAUAAUUCGUCAGUGUAGGAAAUGAUUAUAUGUGGAGGUUUUUUUUCUGUGUCAGGAGCGAGUUGAGAAACUGUAAGUCACUUCUGGUGCAAGAGAAUUGGCUGUCUGCAAGGACAUUGCCCAGGAUGUUUUGAUGUUUUACCAUCCUUGUGUGAGGCUUCUCUCAUGUCCCCGCAUGGGGAGCUGGAGCUGACAGAGGGAGCUCAUCCAUGCUCUCCCCGGAUUCAAACCUCCAACCUAUCAUGAUGUUGCAAUUAGGCUCCUUCACCUCCAUAAUACCCAGUAAUACCAGGCUGCUGGUCUUCAGUCCUGCCGGCACAAGGGUUUAACCCAUUGCACCACUGGGAGCUCCAUUACAUAUGGGUAAAACUGCCAUUCUGUGAAGUCAAAAUGGUGUCAGGACUAGGCUCUCAUUUCCUAGUCUCACGUAAAUUAAUUCAUGCAAUCCCGAACUGUUUUGCUUUAUGACAAAAGAAAAACACACGCUGCCUUUAAUUCAUAGUUUUGGAAAUGGAGUAUUUGAAGCACAAAAAGAGCCCUACCCCACCCCUUGGUUUUGUAUGGAGAGAAACAUGAUGACCUUAGAGAAGUUGAAUUUUACCUUUUUUGUGUGCCAAGUGGUAAGGUAUUUGUGGAAGAAGUCUGGUAGACAAGUCUAGAGUUGUUAGCUGCAAUGUGAGCCCAUCGUAAACAGCUGCGUGCUAGCUAAUUUCCUGUGUUCCCAAGCCCCACAAGUGUAUAUGUACGCUAAUAUCUAAAUCAUGAAGUCCAGAGAUAAGUAAUAUUUCAGAAAUGUUAGUACCUGGAAUGUAUAUUUCUUUCCCCUUUUUUAAAAAAGUAGUUUUUAAUUUUCUUGGCCCCGCUGUGGGAUUUCAUGAGAAAAUGUUAUUUGCACAUGUCGGCUCUUGAAGUCCCCCACAGUUAAUGCCAAACAUAUGGAUAGUUUGAAGCUGGUGAGUGGUCUCUGGGGAGAACUUAUGCUUAGAGGGAACACUGGUUUUCACAGACACUCCAAAUGGCUGUCUCUCUCUCUCUUUCUCUCUCGCACACAGAAGGCUUCAAGCUGAUUUUUACGCUUUGAGAGGGAGGGGGAAAUGAAUCCCCACCCCACAGAGUGCCCAGUUUUUUUCUUAUUGUCGUUGAAAAGCCCUUUAGAUGUGGUUCAUGGAUAUACUAAUAAGUAUAUGUUUGUGUAAAAAAGAGAAAGAGGAAAAAAAAGUGACCGUGCAGUGUAUAAAUAUUUUAAAUUAUUACAAUAGAAGAAUAAAGUUACAUACCAUGCUGUGGAA